AUGUGUGCUGUUACAUGUGAGAUUUUGUCAAUUCCACGUUAUGUAUGUGCCGAUUUACGUUGCCAGUUUAGCAUUGAAGCUAAUAAUGCUAAUUUUGAGAAAUAUGUAGAUGUUAUGGAUGCUUGUCAACCGUACCUAAAACUUAAGGAUAGAAAGUUAACAUGUGAAUGUGGAACAUCGUUAAAAGCAAGUUUGGAAUUUGUGCCCGUUCUUAAUGAACUACAGUUAUUUUUUAUAUGUCGAAACGGUGUGUGUGAUUUUAAACGUUCUAUGCCCCAGUUAAAAAAUUCAAGAAUUCGCUGUGUUUGCGAAAAAUUCUGUGAACGAGACGGUGAAAUAUACAAAUGUCCUCGUGGUGAAAAGGGUUGCGGGACAUAUUUUCACGAAUUAGAUUCAUUUACUUUUAUACAUACAAUAAUACAAAAAAUUGAUUUGGAGGAUGACGCGUGGGCAUAUUUACCCAUUAAUGUUAAGCCAUUAAAAUGUGGUGCUUAUGGAAUUUUAAAGUAUAAUAGUGAACAGAAACGAUUAAAUUUAGUAUGUAAAAAUUUAUUUUGUGAUUGUAGUAGAUGCUGUUAUAGCACCAGAAUUUAA